AUGAAGCUUCAGAGUUCAUCUCUGGCUUUAUUAUUUCUAGGGUUUCUCUUACUAUCGUCAACGCCGUCGUCCACGGCCAAAUUCCUGGUGGAGAAGAACAGCUUGAGAGUGACGUCGCCGGAUUCUAUCAAGGGAACAUACGACAGUGCGAUUGGCAACUUCGGGAUUCCUCAAUACGGCGGUAGUAUGGCUGGGAACGUUGUGUUCCCGAAGGAUAAUCAGAAAGGGUGUAAGGAGUUUGAUGAAUCCGGGAUUUCGUUCAAAUCGAAAGCUGGUGCUCUUCCCACCUUCGUUUUGCUCGAUCGGGGAAGUUGCUUUUUUGCUUUGAAGGUGUGGAAUGCCCAGAAGGCUGGAGCGUCUGCUGUUCUUGUUGCGGAUGAUAUUGAAGAGAAACUAAUAACCAUGGACACUCCUGAAGAGGAUGGAUCAUCUGCAAAAUAUAUAGAGAACAUAACAAUACCUUCUGCUCUCAUAGAGAAAAGUUUUGAUGAUCGUGUGGAGUAUGAGCUGUGGACCAACAGCAAUGAUGAGUGUGGAGUUAAAUGUGAUAUGUUGAUGGAAUUUGUGAAAGAUUUUAAGGGCGCGGCACAGAUAUUGGAGAAAGGCGGCUUUACUCAGUUUACACCCCAUUAUAUAACUUGGUACUGUCCUCAGGCAUUCACGUUAAGUAAGCAAUGCAAGUCUCAGUGCAUUAACCAUGGAAGAUAUUGUGCUCCAGAUCCCGAGCAAGAUUUUAGCACUGGUUAUGAUGGGAAAGAUGUGGUUGUUGAAAAUUUGAGGCAAUUAUGUGUUUACAAGGUGGCAAAUGAAACCCAAAAGCCUUGGGUGUGGUGGGACUAUGUCACUGAUUUUCAAAUUAGGUGCCCAAUGAAGGAGAAAAAAUACAACAAGAAAUGUGCAGAUGCUGUCAUUGAAUCACUUGGUCUUGAUAUUAAAAAGAUUGAAAAGUGCAUGGGAGAUCCAGAUGCCGAUUCUGAAAAUACUGUUUUGAAAGAAGAGCAAGAUGCCCAAAUUGGGAAGGGAUCACGAGGCGAUGUUACCAUAUUGCCUACUCUAGUUGUCAACAGUCGUCAGUAUCGAGGAAAAUUGGAGAAAGGUGCUGUUAUGAAAGCUAUUUGUUCAGGUUUUGAAGAAACUACUGAACCAGCUGUUUGUUUGAGCAGUGAGGUGGAGACAAACGAGUGCUUGGAUAACAAUGGUGGUUGUUGGCGGGAUAAAGGAGCUAACAUAACUGCAUGCAAGGAUACUUUCCGCGGGCGAGUAUGUGAAUGUCCUUUGGUAGAUGGUGUGCAGUUCAAAGGAGAUGGUUAUACGACUUGCGAAGCUAGUGGACCUGGACGGUGCAAGAUAAACAAUGGAGGUUGUUGGCAUGAUGCCCGGAAUGGACACGCAUUCUCUGCUUGUUCGGAUAACGGAGGGAUUAAAUGCGAGUGUCCUGCAGGGUUUAAAGGUGAUGGUGUUAAAGAUUGUAUAGACAUUGACGAAUGUAAAGAGAAGAAAGCUUGUCAGUGCCCUGAAUGUAGCUGCAAGAAUACCUGGGGAAGCUAUAACUGCACUUGCAGUGGGGAUCUUCUGUAUAUCAGGGACCAUGAUACCUGCAUAAGUAAAACUUCUAGCCAGGAAGGAAGGUCUGCUUGGGCUGCAUUUUGGGUCAUUGUAACCGGCUUAGUGCUGGCCGCUGCAGGGGCAUACCUAGUCUACAAAUAUAGAAUAAGGUCAUAUAUGGAUUCUGAAAUAAGGGCCAUCAUGGCACAGUAUAUGCCCUUGGACAGCCAAUCAGAAGUUGUAAACCAUGUCAACGAUGAAAGAGCAUGA